AUGGGAAAAUUGUUGAGUUUGCUGUCCCGGGACGAAUCCAACUGUUGUUCAUCGCCACGUUACGAUAUUUUCUUGGAUUUUGAAAAUGCAGCACCGACAGACACAGAGCGCGACGUUUACGAAGAAGUUCAGAGGGUACUGUUAGACUCUGAGAAGAUACUAGAAGAAAUACAGUGUUAUAAAGGAGCUGGCAAAGAAAUAAGGGAAGCGAUAGCUGAUCCAUCGAGAAUAUCACAAGAAAGAGCUUCGCGCGCCGUCAAACCUUUAGUUGAUAAACUUCUGAGAUGCUACAAUCACUCAUUGGAGUUGCAGAGGGUAGUGCCUCGAUUGCUCGGUUCACUAGUGGGCGGCGCAAUGAGUCCCACGCAGCACCUUGAGCAACAGCAAGCGCUCGUCAAACAAUUCGCAGAGAUUCUCGAGUUUGUACUCAAAUUUGAUGAACACAAAAUGAAAACGCCCGCCAUUCAAAACGACUUCAGCUACUACAGGCGCAGCGUCUCUCGUGGAGGUCUCAUCAAUUCCGAAACGCCUGGCAAUGAACCACACAUAAGUGCAGAAGUCGCCAACAGAAUGUCUCUCUUCUAUGCACAAGCUACACCAAUGCUGAAAGUUCUAUCGGAAGCAACGAGCCAGUUCGUGAACGAUAAUCAACAAGAUUUAGAAAACACGACAGAGACUCUGAGCACGAUGGCCAAAGUAUGCUUGAGGAUGCUGGAAAAUCCGAAACUCGUUGCGCAGUUUAGCCGCGAAGAGACGUCGCUAUUAGUUCUACGAGUGAUGGUCGGUCUGAUCAUCCUGUACGACUGGGUGCAUCCGUCAGGCGCCUUCUGCCGCUCCUCGUCAGUGGACGUCAAGGGAUGCGUCAAGUUCUUACAGCAACAGACGCCCGCGAAGGCGGAACCAUUACUAAAUGCACUCAGGUACACAACAAAACAUCUAAACCAUCAGACCACGCCAAAGAACAUUCGUACACUGCUGGCGGCGUGA